AUGCCUUUCUGGCCCUGGCAUUCAGGCUUGUCUUUCCAGCCAAGCUUCUCGGAUACUUCGACUCGAAUCUCAUCGACCCUUUCAUGCGUUCUCGCAAAACUCCCAUGUCUUCUCAGCUGUGAUAUGUUGGUAGCUCCGUAUGCUGAUAGAUGGAGACUUUGAUGCUGAGCAUUACAGUGUCCAAAGAUUGGAUAUUGUUUGGGAAUAUGCCACUCACGCCGCCAUAUCUUAAUUGCGAGCCAAGAGCAAAGAUGGAUUCCCCUUUCCUUUCUAUCUUCGGUACUAGAGAUGACAAAUUGCAUAUGCCUGAAUAUAAAUUGAAGAAUUAUCGGGGAGAUAAAUGAAGAAAUUAGUUAACUACUCGAUCAAGAACGUAGAAAAAGGGAGGGAGGUGGGUGAAAACUUCAAAGGAAACGCACAUCUUGAGUCGUCUAUUUUGGGAAAUUUGGCUGGGAAGCUUGGUUUGAUGAAACUGCAGGAGAGAGUGACUCCAUCAUACGCUUUGGGUUUCAGGAGCUAUAUUCAUUCUGGACGGCAAACUGAGGAUCAGGUAGGAAGAACUUCUAGAUCCAUGGACUUUGUCCGGGAAAUAAUUCAAGAAAAUGGAUAUAAUACAAUGGGCAGACCACCACUUUCUCAGCUCCAUCUUGAGCAAAAUGCUGAUAUCGUCCAUGUAAAGCUGAUGCGAAACAAUACCUUUAUAACUGUUACGGAUUCUAAAGGGAACAAAAAACUGGGUACUUCUGCUGGAAAAUUAGCAACAAAAGGAGGUAAAGUCUCUCGAUACUCUGCAGAAGCAGCUGCAGAAGACAUUGGACGUAAAGUAAGGGAGAUGAAAUUGAAGUCUGUUGUGAUGAAAGUAAAUGGAUUUACUUAUUUCAAGAAAAAGAAGCAAGCCGUUCUAAGCUUUAGAGAGGGCUAUACUCAUUCACGGGGUGAUCUGAAUCCAGUUGUGUACAUCGAGGACACGACCCGGAAACCACAUAAUGGUUGCCGUCUCCGAAAAAAACGUCGUGUGUAGUUAUUGCAAUUUUGCAAUCCCGUACAUGCGGUGCUGAGGAUGGAGAUGAGGCUAACAGCUCUAUGUUCAGUUAAUAAGGUGCUACUUUUUGCGUACCAGAAGAAAAUUUGUUGAAAUGCUAUUACUGCUUAUCUAUAAAGCCACAGGUGUAUUGACUAGUUGAUGGGGAAAAAAAUGAGGCUGCUUCUAUUGGUCUAUUUGCACUUCUUUGCAUUCCUGUUUGUAAUACUUUUCAUUUUGAUUUAUAUAUGAAUUUUACCAAUAGAUGGUAGAGCAUAUGUAUUCAGUCUUUCAAUUACCUGCCAAUUUAAAGUUGCGGAAUGAUCA